ACACUUACACACAAUUCAAUUGACCUUUGCCUUGGUCAAGUUUGGUUUGGCGUAUUUUCAUUUGUUUAUUAUUAUUAUGAUUAUUUCCUGUGUUAUACAACAAUAAAUAAACUGCAUGUAGUUAGUUGUUAAUGGUCUGCUGAUCUCCGCUAAAGGCUAACGGUUUUGUUUUUUAUAGCCCGAAAGCAACGGCACAGUUUAGGUUAGCAAGGUUCCUAUUAUUAUUAAUAUAAAUAUAGGCAUAGGCGCCUACUUUGCUAACUUAAUUUUCAUGCCUUGCCUUGACUCACUCAUAUUUUCAUAGUCAUACUGUCAUACUCAUGUCAUAAUCUUUAUUUUCAUAUAGACUAAACAUUUUAUAGUAAGUCAGUAAGUAUUUACCGCAUUAUUUAAUAAAUUAAUAAAGAAAGUCAUUAUGAUUAGGCUAGUACUAGUAUAAAUUAAAAUAAUAUGUCAUCGUUUUAUUAAAGUUUUAGGCUUGUGAGCAUGACAAGCAUACUUACUAUUCAUAUCGACUACCCUAUACUAUAGGACAGAUAUGUAGUAGUUAAAGUUAUGAAUAUAAUUUAUUGAGUGUAAGCCAAUCAAUACAGCAGAGUGAUGUGAAGUGUAGUCUGUAACUGUAGGAAUAGGAUGACCAUGCCCAUGAAUGAAUGAUUGCAUGAUGAACAAUUAGGAUUAUUUAAAUUAAAUUUUAAUACUAAUACAAAUAUACUAUAAUUUAUUUAAUAUUCAUUCAUCAUCACUCAUUUCCAGCGGCCAUUUGGGACUUUACACACUCAUCGCAGCUUUCUUUGAUUGUGUAAUGUGUGUUGGUGUAAUCUGAUAUUUUUGGUAGAUAGUUUAGGUUGAGGAAAAAGUUGGGCAAAAGGAUAAGUCCUGAAGUGCUAGACAGUGGACUGAGUGAAAGAGGUGAUGUGUUAUUGUCAACUUUGGAUGUCUGCUCUGCUGAGGAGGCACAUUGACAUUGGUGCUUUAUCUGGUUAAUGCAGUCCAGUUGGGAAUUAAGUUGUCCAUGACCUGUUUGUAUCUUUUGAGGCAAUCUAUUGGAUCUUUAGGGUGUGGGCUGGGCAAUAGUUUGAAAACACAUCUUCCUGUUGAACCCUUUUUUGUUAGCUUGAUACUUUGCCUCACAGUGUUAAGUGAUGUAGGUAUAUUUGGCUGCAGAAGCAUUGCUGGGAUUUGUGUCACCCAGUGCAGUUAACUCAUGGUGCCCCCCUUCCGUCAAACCUGCACUGUGUAAUUAUUAACCAGAUCAUACAGAAUAGCUUUUACUUAUAGUAUUGUUUGUACAUUAAAUCUUAAAGCAAAAAAUAAAGACAUAGAAUUCGAGGAGACAGCAUUUAAAUUAUGCAUCAAAAUUUCUUUUUAUUUUAACCCUUUUGGGACUUUUUAGAGUGUCAAGAAGACGAAGCCUUUUUUAAAAGCUGUGCACUUACGUUGCAAAAAAAUUUAUAAAAAAUAAAAUAAUUACUUUACAAAUAUAACACUAUAUAUAUAUAUAUAUAUUCUUGUAGGGAAUUGAAUGAACUAUAUGUUUCUUUUUGUCUUCAUCACCAUGGUUUUACUGGUUUUGUAUGGGACUUUGCUUCCCACCCAGAAGCUAGAGGCUAUAUACCCCAUGUCUCCACACAGCAUUCAUGUACUGUGAAUCCACAUUUACCAAGUUGAAGUCUUCAGUCAUGUUGUCUAGCCAGGAUUCACUAUUCAUCAUCUACUGUCUCGCGGCACUUCAUUUUUCAUUUUGUGAUUAGGCCAUUUUAGUUCUAGACAGAGGAUUGUCACAUAACAGGGAGGGCCAGUACAACAGGAGCAGAAGUACCUUCGUGAAGGCAUCCACUCAGAAACACUGAAGUAGGAGAGGCCUUAUUUGAGAGCUAUCCAGAAAUGCUAUAGAUGAGGCAGCCCUUGCUACAUCUGGGCAGUCACUACCUGUAAACAGGAGAAAUCUUGUCAUGCGUAUACUAUUUUUUUAUCCACCCCUUAGUAUUUAUUAACAUCUACAUGUCCAAUUUUUUUAAAGUAACUUUUUUUUCCAGUGUUAUAAUAGCCCAAUUUUGGUUCACAGUAAAGCUGUAGCGUCCACCCCUUAUCCUCCCCCCCCCCUUUUUUGCUUUAAUAUUGAAAUCACCGAUUAAAUGUGUAAUGUUCUACCACUAUCCACCCCUUCCUUGACUGGGCAAGUGCUCUUUAAGUACAUAUAUGUUCUAAAUGGAGGUAGAGCAUGCUCUUGGGUGAUGCAAUUUCUAGAAUUUUAUUCUUGUGAGUUUCAACACCAUCCCUAUAAAUAAGCCAGUGGCUUUCCCAGCCAUAAUAGAUCUUCUAGAUUUCCCCGACACAAAACAUGACACCUACCAUACUUACAGGAGCCCUUCAAGACUUAAUAUAUUUUUCACUGUGUGAAUUAAAAUGUAUAUCUCUCUGGUAUUAUACUUUUUCACUUGCUGUGCUGUAAGUUAAUAUAGUUUUUAUUUCUGUUUAUUUGAUUUUUUUUUUUUUUUUCUAUGUAAUAGCAUAGUUAAAUUGAUUGUUGUUAUUAUUACUAGUUUUGGUAUCGUUUUUCUUUUUUUAUUGGUGUUUAGUUCUUUGUUACGUAUUGUUNCAAAUACGCUACAGUAAAGUAAAACUACAUUAAAAGAUUUUUAAAAAAAAUUUUCACCCCCCCCCCCCCCCCCCCAUGAAAAACUCUGCAGUUAGCAGAAAAUGCAACCCCUCAAUAUAUAUAAAAAUUAAAUGUCAAGAGUAAUUAACAUGUGAACUUGUCAGUUUUUUUAUGAAUGAUUUAUCAUGGUCAAAGAUGGUGAAAACUAUAAACCAAUCUUCUUUCAAAUAUAUUUAGUGUAUGUGCAGUUCUUUUUUUUUGGACUUCUGAUUCUCUAUUGCCACAAUAUUUGUUUAUACCACUGCAAUGGCCAGUGCCAUUAUCAACCAAUGCCACAUUUCCUAAAAUAAUAAUAAUAUAUUUAUAAUUCAAGCGAUAACAAACUAUCUAUACAAUAAAUCAGUGAAAAUAAAAACUUCCGAAGGCCACACUUUUUGUUUGAUGCCAUUAGUAAAGAGGUAUUUUACCUUUGAUAAUAUUCCUUCAAUGUUCACUUCUCUUUUCUAAAAAAAAAAUUUUCUCAGUUACUUCUCUAUAUUGAUAUAUUUUAAAUGAUUUUUUAUUGUUUUAUAUUAAAAACAGAGUGAGAAAUGUUUUUAACAUUUUUUUUCAUCAUCAGCACCAAUUAAAAUACAGCAUGUUAUCUAUAUAAUUUUUCAUUUAGAAAUGCUGCGUCAAGUAACAAGUCCUAUUAAAAUAUUCCAAAGAAAUAUCAGCACAUCAUUAAGAGAUGCAAAGACUAGGACACUGCUAGAUAAAGUAAUCCGAGUUGACCAUGCAGGAGAAUACGGUGCUGAUAGAAUUUAUGCUGGACAACUUGCAGUAUUGGGGAAGUCAUCUGUUGGGCCCCUUAUUAAGGUAGGAUAUUAUAAUGCUAAAAUUAUUUUAACCUGGUUUGCAACAAUUUUGUAAUUGGAGGACAAAAGUCGAUUAUUAAUUGUUUUUAUAUGAAUUAUGUUUUCGAAAAUGUGUGAAAUGAGACUUCUACUUAGCUAACUUGAUUAUAGCAUUGUUAUUUGAAUUUUAGAAAAUGUGGGAAGAGGAGAAACACCACAGGGAAACUUUUGAAAAGCUAAUGGCAGAAAACAGAGUUCGUCCAACAGCAUUAUUACCUUUCUGGAAUAUUGCUGGAUUUGCUUUAGGUAUUUUCUUAUGGGCAUUACUGUCUAUUAAAAUCUCAUUCUAUUUUAAAAUAAAGUUUUACUAACUUUUUAUGAGCUCUAUCUGAUCCCCAAGUUCCAUAUUCAAAUUUGAAAUAUCCUGUUGUGACAAAUAAAUAAGUUCUUUUUAUUUUUUUAGAAUAAAAUCCAUAAUUAAAAAUUGGUUAAAAAAAAAAUAGGAUGACUCAAACUCAAAUGGUUCAGUUGUAUGUAAUAAGGCAUUAAGACAAUGCUUCAAGGGCUAGGUGCUGAGCUCAGCGCUCAGCAUCUGGACGAUGGCCUCCGAGCACUUUUGGACGAGCACGCCCCUCCCAUGGCGCGACGUGUCCCGACUGGUCGCUCGUCGCCAUGGUAUGCAGGCGUUAGUGACCAACUCCGUCUGGCAAAACUCGUGCGAAGACGCGCUGAAAGACGCUGGGUAAAGACUGGACUGAGUGUCGACAGACAGAUCUUUUGGACGGCGAAAGAUGCGGUGGCAGAGAUUGUACAGAAGGCAAAGGAUGACUACUGGAGCUCAAAGGUCGAAUCCUGUGCAUCAACCAAGGCGUUUUUCAGCGCUAGUAACCGUCUCCUGGGCAACAGCAAGAAUUUCACCCUCCCUACCGACAUUGCACCAGAGCAACUCCCUGACGCCUUUGCGGACUUUUUCAUCACCAGGGUGCAAAUGAUCAGGGAGGAGCUAGACAGCGCGACCCCUACACCUUCCUCACCGUUCUCGGAGGACGUUAGUCAGACAGAAUCAUUUGAUAGUUUUCUGCCUGUGACUGAGGAUGAGGUGAGGCGAGUCAUCAUCAGGUCUGCUCCCAAGUCUUGUGCCCUCGAUCCUAUCCCCGUCCCACUGCUUGUAGAAUGCCUUGACGUCCUCCUCCCAGCACUCACCUCCAUCAUAAAUUCUUCGAUUCUCUCUGGCAUAUUCCCUCCCAUUUUUAAACGGUCGAUUGUCCUGCCCCUCCUAAAGAAACCCUCACUUGAUCCAAACACACUCAAGAAUUACCGCCCCGUCAGCAACCUCUCCUUUCUCUCAAAAAUCAUAGAAAAACUCAUACUCUCUCAGCUCUCUGGCUAUCUUCAUUCUCGCAAUCUCUAUCCUUCCUCUCAGUCCGCCUACCGACUUGGUCAUAGCACAGAAACAGCACUGGUCCGAGUCAUGAGUGACCUCCUGCGCGCGAUGGACGAUGGCAAACUCUCUAUUCUCACUCUGUUAGAUCUCUCUGCUGCAUUUGAUACCAUUGACCACCAGAUUCUUCUUGACCGCCUUCAUCUUUCUUUCGGACUUACUGGCUCAGCUUUAAACUGGUUUCAAUCAUAUCUUUCUGACAGAACUCAAAAAGUCUCUAUUUCCAACCGCUCUUCCAAACCUUCAGCCCUGUCUAUUGGAGUUCCUCAAGGAUCGGUCCUUGGGCCGGUCCUUUUCAUCCUCUACACUAAACCUCUAUCAUCUCUCAUUAGCCACCACUCAGUUUCCAGUCAAUCCUUUGCUGAUGACACUCAAAUCAGUGACUCUUGCUUUCCUGAUCAACUUGAUGCCACAAUCCUUCGCAUACAGGAGUGCGUGGACGAUGUAAAGCGUUGGAUGACUUGCAACAAACUGAAGCUAAAUGAUGAUAAAACGGAAAUCCUUCUCAUCCACUCUCAAAACAAACCUCUCCCUCCAUUCGCUCCUUCUUCUAUAUCUAUUGGCAACUCUGACAUCACACUCUCUCCCUCUGCCAGAAACCUUGGAGUCACGCUUACGGACACCCUCUCCAUGGACAAACAUGUCACGAAUAUAUGCAGAUCAGCAUAUAACGAAAUUAGAAAAAUCAGCACCAUUAGACACCUCCUCUCCUUUGAUGCCACAAAAACUCUCGUCUCUUCACUCAUUCUUUCAAAAUUUGACUACUGUAACAUUCUUCUCGCAGGCAUUCCUCAACACCACAUAGACAAACUUCAGAAGGCACAGAACUCAGCAUGCAGACUCAUUUUUAAAUUAAAGAAACAUGACCACAUUCAACCACACAUGCGGCAACUCCACUGGCUUCCAAUAUCCUCUCGCAUCAAAUACAAGUCUGCCAAUCUUUGCUUCAACUCGUUCACUGACCCUCACUUUCCUGUCUAUCUCUCUGAACUGUUGCUUCCUUACAUCCCCACAAGACAACUACGUUCUUCCAUUGACAGUAGAACCCUCUCAAUCCCAAGAACUAAAACUAAGACCAUCGGUGAACGCUCCUUCUGCUUCCAUGGGCCCACGUUCUGGAACCAGCUCCCCUUCCAUAUACGUCAUAGUGAAACCUCGUCCAUUUUCAAAAAGUCCCUUAAAACUCAUCUGUUUAGGUCCGCCUAUGACCUGUGAUGCACCCUCCUUGCCCUACCUCAUUUUCUGUUUCGGGUUGAUCCUGAAGUGUCAAAGUGUCCUCGUUUUAUAGCCAUUUUCAUUGUUUCUAUAGAAUAGUAGUUACUAUCCUAGUGUCUCAUUUUUAUUUUACUUAGUUCACAUGUUUUAAUAAUUGUAAAGCGCUUAGAGCUUUAUGAUAAGCGCUAUAUAAAAAUGCCUAAAUAAAUAAAUAAAUAAUAAGUCAAUGUUGUUGUUUAUUUAUUUAUUUGUUCAGCAUAACAUAUUUCAUAGGUGCUGGUACUGCAUUACUGGGUAAGGAAGCAGCAAUGGCUUGCACAGUGGCUGUAGAGGAUGUCAUAGGUGAUCAUUAUAACAGUCAGAUACGAGAACUUGUUGAAGACAAUCCUGAAAAGCACAAGGCUCUUUUGGAGGUAAAAUUUGUAUAAUUUUAAUCUUGUGAACCAAAAUUCUAUUAUUUGAGCUUGAAAAGCUGCAUAUCAAUGACUCAUUGAUUGGUAUUACAAAUUGUUUCCAAGACUGCUGUCUUUUCAAAAUAAUUGUUUCAGUUUCAGCAUGUAUAAGCACCAGCAAUAAUAAGUCAUUUCAUUAAAAAUAAACAUUAAUUCAGCUUUGCAAGAAAGUGACCUUUUGGAAUAAAGAUUCUAUGUGAAAAAUGUAUUUUUAAAUUACCGGUAUGUUCAUUAAGACUUGUAAUGCAAAAUAGUCAUUUUUUUUUAAAAGUGUUAAUUUAUGUUUAUAUAAAUCUGUUUUGUUAUAAACUACUCUAGUGACUUUUCCACCCAACCACCAAUUGAAUUACCCUAUUUAAAAAAGUUUAAUGGAUUUCAUUCUGAUUAUAUACUUGUAGACGGUGAAAAAAUUCAGAGAUGAUGAACUACACCAUCAUGACACUGGCUUACAACAUGAUGCAGAAAAAGUUAGAGAACCAAUUCACUUUCUUUUUCCCUUCUAAACAUACAUAGUUAAACUGUAGAAGAGAAGAUAUUAUGCUUAUCAGUUAAUUAUCUUUUGACACAGCUAUUAUUAAUAAAUUAUAUCUGGUUAAAAUAAGGAUACAAAAAUAUUUAAAAAAGCAUGUCAAUUAAUUUUUAUAUAAAUUGAAUAUUGUUUGAGAAUUGAAAAUUUAAUCUUGUGUUUCUUCAUCCAGGCUCCAUUUUACAAUGUUUUGUCUCAAGCUAUCAAGAUAGGAUGCAAAGGUGCAAUAUGGGUAUCAGAAAGGAUAUGAUAUAUUCCUAUAUCAUUUUUUUUUAAAGAAUAUUCAUCUGUUUUAAAAGAAUAUAUUUGCAAAGAACAUACAUUUUAAAGAAUUUUUGUUUGGAGAGUAUUUAAUGAUUUUAUUACAAAUAAAUCAUUAACUCAACAAGUUGUUUCCCC